AUGGGAUUUAAUAAAGACACCAUAGCCCAUAGUGGCCAAUUGGACAUCUAUAAAACAUCUUUCCUCAGCAACAAAUGGAAAUCGAGGGAUUGUCCCAAUUAUAAAAAUGUUAUCUUCCCGCCGUUGCCACCAUACCGGAAGCGGGAGCUGUUAUUGGGGCUGCAUGAUCGGAAGGCGUCGAAAAUUCUUUGGAUCCAUUUUAAUACUAUGGACAGAAUGCGUGAAUGGCUAAAAGUCAUGGGCGAUCUGCUCGAAAAAUCAAAGCCAUCCGGUUCCCGGGUUCCGCUGAAGCAUUUUCAGAUAUCAAACGGAAAUGCGCGUAGUUAUGAACCCAACAAGGCCAGAUUUUCGGGGUAUGAUGUGGAUUCCAACAUUUUUCUGUACCUGUUGUUUGCUUGCGGAGAAAAUCACGAACAUCACCAUCACCAUGGGACUGACGAUGGGCAUCAUCACCAUCAUCACGGCCAUAAUAAUGAUAACACUCAUCAUCACCAUCAUGGAAAUAACGAGGAUAACCAUCACCAUGAACACCAUGCACACCACAAUACUCACCAUCACCAUGAUCAUAACAGCAGUACCACCAUAGAAGCUGUGACUGUGCACUCGACUACGCACGACCUUUCCGAUUUUGGAGGUAGCUAUCGAAAGGAGCCGAACGGUAAUGUGUCUUACGCCCGACAGCCCCCACCACCACCAACAGCUUGCCAGAAUCGGCGUGAUGGGCAGGGAAUCGUCGUCACCAACCAGCCGACAGCAACUUCAUAUGUGCACAAACUACAAUGUCCGCAACGGGUGAAUCGACAAGCUCGUCUCGAUCGGCCGUUGGCUCUUUCUAGAAAGGUUGGUCUUCCCAAGUCGUUGGCUUUCCCUGUGCGACCGGAUAAGACGCGUUGUCGUUCGCUGACGCCUUGCGAAUGUAAUUGCGUUGCCACCAACCGCGGCUCCGUAGAAGUACCCAUAACGAGUGAAUUUUACAAGAUCGUCUCGAUGGAUCGUGAGCGCGUUUACAGAAAGGAUAAGACUGAUGGUCGUCCGCUGAUCCCUUGCGAAUGUAAUUGCGUUGGCGAAAACUGCAGCUCCGUAGAAGUGCCCAUAACGUGUGAAUUUUACAAGCUCGUCUUGAUGACUCGUUGCUCGAUUCCAAAAAGAACGAUGCCAGCGAAGGAGACGAUCGAAGAGAAGUGCUCACGGUUGGGCGCGGAAGGCUGGCGAGCCCAGAACCAGCGCGUCGCGUACAUCGUCCUGCAGGCUAGGGCCCAUCCUAUCAGGCCGAGCAUCCCCCCGAAGGCCCAGCGCGAAACCGGCAAGCUGGUGUCGGCCGCCGAGAAGGCCAAGUCCUACGAGAAGAAGAAA